CCCCGCACCCCCUCGCCACACCCUCCUCAACACGCUCAGAGGUUUGUGGGGUACCCGAUUGAUGGAGGAAGGCAACACAAGCCGGGAGAAAUACCUGAAAAGCGUUUUACGAGAAUUGGUCACGUACAUUCUUUUCCUUGUGGUCUUGUGCAUCUUGACCUAUGGGAUGGUGAGUUCCAGCAUGUACUACUACACCAGGGUAAUGUCCCAACUCUUCUUAGAAACUCCCGUUUCUAAAAUGGAGAAAACCAACUUUAAAACCCUGUCUACGGUGGAAGACUUCUGGAAGUUCACAGAAGGCUCACUGCUGGACGGCCUCUACUGGGAGAUGUGGUACAACAAUAACUCAGGGGCUGAAAACCGAAGCUUCAUAUACUACCAGAACUUGCUGCUAGGAGUUCCUCGCCUCCGCCAGCUAAAAGUCAGGAAUGGCUCCUGCUCUGUCCCCCAAGACUUGAGGGAUGACAUCAAAGAGUGUUAUGACGUCUACUCAGUCAGUAGUGAGGACACGGCUCCUUUCGGCCCUCGGAAUGGAACAGCUUGGAUCUACACAGGGGAAAAAGACUUGAAUGGAAGCAGGCACUGGGGUUUGAUUGCUACUUACAGUGGGGCCGGCUAUUACCUAGAUCUGUCAAGAACCAGAGAAGAUACGGCGGCCCAGAUUGCUAUCCUCAAGAAUAAUAUGUGGCUGGACCGGGGAACCAGAGCGAUCUUUAUUGACUUCUCAGUGUACAACGCUAACAUUAACUUGUUUUGCGUGGUCAGAUUACUGGUUGAAUUCCCAGCAACUGGUGGUAUAAUUACCUCUUGGCAAUUUCAGCCCGUGAAGCUAAUCCGCUACGAAUCUACUUUUGAUUUCUUCCUGGCGGCCUGUGAGAUUACCUUCUGCUUCUUUAUUCUCUACUAUGUGGUGGAAGAGAUCCUGGAAAUCCGUAUUCACAAGCUGCACUAUUUCAGAAGUCUCUGGAAUUGUCUGGAUAUUAUUAUUAUUGUGCUAUCGGUGGUAGCUAUCGGCAUCAAUAUAUAUAGAGUAUCAACUGUGGAGUUACUGCUGAAAUUUCUAGAAGAUCAAAGUACCUUUCCCAACUUCGAGCCUCUGGCAUAUUGGCAAAUACAGUUCAACAACGUUGCUGCUGUCACUGUAUUUUUUGUCUGGAUUAAGCUCUUUAAAUUCAUCAACUUCAACAGAACGAUGAGCCAACUGUCUACCACUAUGUCACGCUGUGCCAAAGACGUUAUUGGCUUUGCCAUUAUGUUCUUCAUUAUCUUCCUGGCAUAUGCUCAGUUGGCAUACCUUGUCUUUGGGACUCAGGUAGAUGACUUCAGCACUUUCCAGGAGUGUAUCUUCACUCAGUUCCGUAUAAUUUUGGGAGAUUUCAACUUCACCGAGAUCGAGGAAGCUAACCGAGUUUUGGGACCCAUUUAUUUCACCACCUUUGUGUUCUUUAUGUUCUUCAUUCUUUUGAAUAUGUUUCUGGCCAUCAUCAAUGAUACAUAUUCUGAAGUGAGAGCCGACAUGGCCCAGCAGAAGACUGAGAUGGAACUGUCAGAUCUCAUCAGAAAGGGAUAUCAUAAGGCCAUGGUGAAACUUAAACUCAGAAAAAACACAGUGGAUGACAUUUCGGAGAGUCUGAGGCAAGGUGGAGGCAAGUUAAAUUUUGAUGAACUACGACAAGACCUGAAAGGGAAGGGCCAUACUGACGCAGAAAUAGAGGCAAUCUUCACCAAGUACGACCAGGAUGGGGAUCAGGAACUCACAGAACACGAACACCAGCAGAUGAGAGAUGACUUAGAAAAAGAGAGGGAGGACCUGGAUCUCGAUCGCAGUUCAUUACCACGGCCCCUGAGCAGCCGAAGUUUCCCUCGCAGCCUGGACGACUCUGAAGAGGAUGACGAUGAGGACAGCGGGCACAGCUCCAGAAGGCGAGGGAGUAGCUCCAGUGGUGUUUCCUACGAAGAGUUCCAAGUUUUGGUGAGGCGGGUUGACCGGAUGGAGCACUCCAUCGGCAGCAUUGUAUCCAAGAUCGACGCUGUGAUUGUGAAGCUGGAAACCAUGGAGCGAGCCAAGCUGAAAAGAAGGGACGUGUUAGGCAGGCUGCUGGAGGGAGUGACAGAGGACGAACGGCUGGGCCGGGACAGUGAAAUCCACAGGGAGCAGAUGGAGCGGUUAGUGCGUGAGGAGCUGGAGCGCUGGGAAUCAGAUGACGUGGCGUCGCAGCUCAGCCAUCGCCUCGGCACCCCGCUGGGCCUGAACGGGCCCCCGCGGCCCAGGACCUCCCGCCCAUCGUCUGCCCAGUCUACGGAAGGCCCUGAGGGGCUGGGGGCAGAGGGAAACGGGAGCGGCAGCAUCCAUGUCUAGCGGGGACCUAUUUAAGGGCAAGGCGGGAGUACCCCUGGACGCAGUGGGAAAUACGCUGUUUACGUCUCCUGCCUCACCAUGGUACGCCGUUGGUCACCACGACCAGAUGUUCUCGAUGUUCUGCACUUUAAUUUAUUUUAUGUGGACUGUGCCCGUGGAGAUCAAGGAAGUUUCUCUUGCUCCCGUAAGAGACAAAUAGGUGUAUAUAUUGAAUGCAGAAACGCCCCAAUCGCUAUUCGAGCGGGUCGGGAACCAGUUGCUGGCGGGGUUGGCUCUUACCCAGGUGACAACGAAAUACCCUCUGAAGCUGAAGCAACACCCACGAGAGGUUUCUAAGCACCACCAGCACCCCGAAGUAAGCAUUAGAUCGAGCCUGCCCAAGGACUCCAGGGCAGAAGGCAACACUCUUUCAGCCCGGGCUUGCCUCUUAAGUGAAGAUGUCACCCCAUUUCACCGGCUCACCUCUCGCUGAUGGCACAGCAAGUAGUCCUUCUCUCCAAGCCCAGAUCCCAGGGCAAAAGCUCGUAUCGGACAUUGGAAAAAAUCCAAAGCAACAAGGAGGCCUAUUUGCUCCAGUGGAGUCCGGCCUGAAAGGAGUCACUUUCUUCUUGAUGUGGUUGAAUCUCUGUCAUCGCGCAUCGAAGUAAAGAGUGGUUCAAAACAGCCAUAUUGGAUCAGGGUUUGAAAGUAGUCGGUGAAAAAACACCCGAGGGUAGAUAGGAUGCACUAAGAUGCCUCCGUCCUUCGGAAGGUUUGAUCUGUCAACUGAUGGACUUAUAGUAAGUGUGCACUUGUUCGGGGGGAAGCCAGAGAGAUGUGCCCCUUACCAGGCCAAAGGGAAGAUUGCAUCAUGUGAUCUUCUUAAGUGAAUGAACUGACACAUGACACGCUGUUUUAGUCAAGGUCAGCAAAUGCCAGAGCGGUGGUUGAAAGGCUGCUUGUCAGAUGCUUUUGAAAAAGGCCCAUUUAUUUCACUUCAAAAUCAUAGUAAGCUACCACAACUACCACAAGCGUGCCCUGGGAUUUUUACCUCCGCCCAGCAGGAUAUUUGAGGUUGAAAACUCAACCACUAUCAUAAGAAGUUGACUAGAUUUCUGGGUUUGCUUACACACCGUGAUUUUAUAACACCCAUAGGGGCAUCUUCUAUUUCGUGUGAAGCUGGAAUUUUCUUGACAAUGAAGCAAAAAACGGGUUCUGGGAAGUAUUAAGUGGGUGUACUGAUAGCCACAAGAAAAAAAACUGGUAAAAGGCAUUACCACCUGAUUCAGAUCACUGAUGGCAUUGAGGUGUAUUAGAGUUGUAAGAGUUAUGGCUGGUUUACUUGAAUUCCAGUGAAUUCAUGACUUUUGAGGAAAAACUUAAAGCAUCCUGACCUCUUAGAUUGAAAUCUGGGGGAAAUGACACUUUUUUUUUUCUCCACAGAAUCUUGUUUUAGCCUGACUUCAGACACACACCUUUUUUGGAAAGUAAGACCUUUCUGAAGUAUUCUAUUUCACCACAUGAAACUGCAUAUUAAUAUAUUAUCCAAAAUUCAUAUUAAUAUGGGACCCAAAAGUGUUUGGAAACCUUUCGGUGUGUGUCUGUCUCUGAACUGUGCCAAUGCUUAUGAACAAACUUCAAUUUUGAAGUGCAUUAAGUUUCAUGGUAUAUCCAUGUAUGCGUUGACCAUGUGCCAUACAGUAAUUAUGGCUACUAAUGAAGUCUUAUAAUUCUUUAUAUUAUGGCACUCUGAUUUAAAUGUAGACUUUUGUAUAGCUUUCACUCUUUAGCCACUAUGGUAAUUAUCUUUUUUUUCCUAUAAUUGAAAAACUUAGUCUUCCUUCACCUCCCUUCUACCAAACUGUGUUCGUUACUGGCAUUACUAGGAAGCUGUAACUUUUGCGGUUUCCACUGAGAACAAGUUUUUUUUAUUAUUAAUGUGUAAUACUGAGCACUUUAUUUCGUAAUAAAGAUUUUAUAUAAUAUAUGAUAC